AGCCGAGGAAGGCGGUCUCAUUAGGACGACAGGGUGGCCCGCCCACCCGCCUGGCUUCCUCGUUGGCGGAGGCCGCUGUCAAUCAGCGACGAAGGGAGGCGGAAGCGGCCGAGGGGUUCCUUGAAGCAUCAUGGAGGCGGAGGCGGAGAGGGGCAACCUGGCUGGAGUACAGCACAUCAUCCUGGUGCUCUCGGGGAAAGGGGGAGUGGGGAAGAGCACCAUCUCCACUGAGCUAGCACUGGCUUUGCGGCACACUGGGAAAAAGGUUGGGAUCCUGGACGUGGAUCUCUGCGGCCCCAGCAUCCCUCGCAUGCUCAACGUGCAGGAAAGAGACGUUCACCAGUGUGACAGCGGCUGGGUGCCAGUCUUUGUCGACCAAGACAAAACCAUCUCCCUCAUGUCCAUUGGCUUCCUUCUGGAGAAGCCGGAUGACGCUGUGGUAUGGAGAGGGCCCAAGAAAAAUGCUUUGAUCAAGCGGUUCGUUUCGGAUGUGGCUUGGGGAGAGCUCGACUUCUUGAUUGUGGAUACGCCUCCCGGGACCUCCGAUGAGCACAUCGCAACAGUAGAAUCCCUUCGACCGUAUCAGCCGCUUGGGGCAGUUCUCGUCACAACGCCACAGGCGGUGUCUGUGGGGGACGUGAGGCGAGAGCUGACAUUCUGCAAAAAGACGGGGCUCAGAGUCAUCGGCAUCGUGGAGAACAUGAGCGGCUUCGUUUGCCCACACUGUUCAGAAUGCUCAAAUGUCUUUUCGAAAGGAGGUGGGCAAGAACUGGCCCAGCAUGCUGGGGUCCCCUUCCUGGGAUGCGUGCCCCUGGACCCACAGCUCACCCAGAGCCUAGAAGGAGGUCGAGACUUCAUCCAGGAAUUUCCCAAGAGUUCAGCUUUCCCCGCGCUAGUCGGCAUCACCCAGCACAUCUUGAGCAUGGCAUCUCCUCGCAGCUCUUGAGACCAGCAUUGAUGCUCCUGGUGCCUCCUGGUGAGACGCAGAGUGGCAGCUGUUCAGAGCACUUGGCAAGGCAGGGAGCAUCUUUACAAAGUGCCAAGAAAGACAACUCUGGGCAGAGCCUAAUCCUUUGAGCGCGUCCGCGGGCUCCAUUCGCUUCCCUGAUAAGCGACUGCAGAGUGUGGCUUGGAGCAGCCACACGUGAGCCAAGCGUGCUGCUGUGUGUUCGGCCCCACAUUUCAGCAGUCGGGAAGUCUGCACGGUGGUGCUGCUGCGCAUUUCCACACCAGGGACAGACGUGAGAUCUCCCCACACACUCUCACACUUUCGUGAAGUUGAGUUGUGGCAGCAGAAGUGGGGUGUUUGGUACUCUCAUUUCAUCUCCCUGCACUGUCCUGCACAUAAGCCUUAUUUCAUUGGUACGACAUGUCCUCAGCGGGGCACUUGCUCCUUAUGAUGGAAGCAUUCCUGCAAGCGCCUCGAUUGAUUGCUGUCACUUGAAUAUAUUCCCGUGAAUCAUGACUCAGGAAUUUUGGAGCAGCUAAAAAAUGCAUUAAACCAUUUCU